UGACUAUUUAAGGCUGGAACAGAGUCGACACUGACCAUCAGUCUCUUUUCGGUAAUUACUUGUUACAGUUCAGCCGCAAGCAUUCACUUAGCAAUGAAGACUGCUUUGCAUUUUGUUAUCAUUUUUGGUUUCGUAGCUGCCCUUCACGCUUCAGCCGUCAAUGAAACCGACAUUCAGGCUCGUGAUAAACGUGGAUUUGCAAGUGGUGGCGGUGGAUACGGAGGUGGUGGCUCUGGGUAUGGUGGGGGAGCUGGUGGAGGAGCUGGUGGAUAUGGAGUAGGGUAUGGUGGCGCUGCUGCUAUCGCACAGGAAGCCGCUAAUGUUGCCAAGGCAGCACAGAACGCGCAGGCUGGAGCAGCAUCUCAGGCUGCCCAACAAGCACAGGCCACCCUUGCUGCACAGGCCACUCAAGCUGCCCAGCAAGCCCAAGCCAUCGUAGCCGCCAAACAGGCCCAAGCUGCCCAGAUCUCCCAGGCCGCACAAGCUGCGCAGGCCGCUGCUUUUGCUGAAUCCGCACAGGCUGCUCAAGCCGCCCAAGCUGUUCAGGCUGCCGAAGCCACUAAGGUCCAGGCUCUUCAACAGGCUCAGGCUUUGGCCGCUGCUGCUAAAGCUGCCCAAUCUCACGCUGCACAGGCAGUUGCCUCCCUCCAAGCCUCUCAGGCCCAACAAGCUUCCCAAGCACAAAUGGCUUACCAGGCUCAGGCGAACGCCCAAGCUUUGGCUUAUAAACAACAAGCUUCACUGGCUGAUUUGGCCGCUGCCCAGCAGGCGGCCAACAAGGCCUACUCAGCCGCUCAAGCUGCCCAAGCUACUGCUGCUGGUGGUGGUGGAUCCUACGGUGGAUUUGGCGGAGGAUAUGGUGGCGGACAUGGUGGAUGCCCGGGUUGCUAAAAUUGUCUGAUUACUGAAAUGGUCAGCUAGCAUCAACGACGUCAUCACACUCUGGGCUUUUGGCAUGGAAUGUCAGCUCCCUGAAAUCGAUUUGAUGGCUAAGCUUUUGUUGGAUUCAAUGUUUGUUCAAUAUUCUGCCUUCGGAGUGCUAUAGGCAUAGUAUUUUUGGAAUUUAUUCUCGAUUAUCAAUUGAAAGAUUGUAGAUCAAUCUGUGUUCAAUCCUAUCUUGUUUUGUUUUUUAUUGCUUUUUUCAUGAAAAUACAUAGAACACAAGCAUA